UAGCAACCAAAUCGUCAGGCUUUAAAUAAACAGAAAUUGAAAAAAAUGAAGGAAAAGAUUUCAAAUUACAGACUUAAAUUAGUUAACCAAAUAUUUCUAUUCUCGAAUAUUUGGACAUCUCUCAUUUGGGUCAUUUCAUCGUACUAUUUGCUUUACUAUCAGUCUGAAAAGCAUCCAAAUAUAAACUUUACGCUUGCUGGCUUCUGCAUUGUUGUGUCAACAUUUAUUGAGGUCGUGCGAAUUUAUACAGGAUAUUCUGGAAAUAUCAACAGCGAUAUUCUUGAUUUAGCAGGAUUUUUGAUUUUAUCCGUUGUCAUCCAGCUUCCAAUUCACAUUUAUUUAUCAAUAUCAUUGUUUGAAGCUUUUUAUAAAAUUCAAUUAAUAACUCAGAUAGCUCAACUAUUUUUGAUUCUAAUUCAAUCGAUUUUAAACUUUAUAAUUAUUCGAAAGUCAUUGCACGAAAAGAACCUGCAAUUCCAGAUGAUGAAUAAUAUUAAUAAAUAAGUUAAACUUUGCUAGUAUCGUCAAAUCCAUUUUGUUUUAAAAAGAUAUCAACUUUGUCAAUGUGCUUCCUCAUUCUAGGCAUUAAAAUUUGUAAGUGCUUAAUAUUAUCCUCAAAAUACUCGUCAACGCCUAAUAGUGUUUUUCUAUUGGGUAUCCAUCUAUUCAGCAUAGAAAAUGUCUGUUGUAGCAAGAAUCCAUGAUA